UCCGGCCAGAUGUUGAUCCUUUGCUGUCGUCUGUUCCCAAUAUCACUAUUUUAUUGGUUUUUCACUAUUGUCCCUCCUUUCUCACCACUCUAACAAGCCCUUCUCAGUACUGCACAUUCUGAUACAAACCCAACUCCUACAUAUAUAUUCUUCUUCUUUUCCUUCCCCAUCCCUCUGCACCACAUCUGUUAUUUUUCUCACUUUUUUCAGUUACUCUUUAAAUACUUGUCCAUCCCUUUUCCCUUUCCCCCCUCACUCAUUCUUAUCAUUUUCACUUUAUUAUUACUCCUCCCACCUCCCCCCUUUUUUUCCUUGAGCAAGGUGAAACCCAUAAAUAAUGGAGCAGCAGCACAUGGACAUGAUGACCAUGAUGAUGUUGCAGCACCUCCCUGAAUUCUCUGAACCAUACACUCACACCAUGGAAGGAUUUCAUCCCCCAUCAGAAGAGUUCUGCGGUAACAACAACAACAAUAUACGCAACACUAUGCAACUAGCAGAUUUAAUUGAUAACAAUAACCCUCUUAGUCCCAUACCUUGGUCCUCCUCAUACUCAUUCACACACUUGCCAGCAUCCACUACCGAAAUCUCUUUCUCCAAUAAUAGCCAUCCUACUACCCCAAUAAUGCUUCAAGAACACGAACAACAAUAUGAGGGUGCAAAUGCAAACCCUUACGGAGGUGAGAAGCGGAACUCGAUGGCGGCGAUGAGGGAGAUGAUAUUCAGAAUGGCGGCGAUGCAGCCGAUACACAUAGACCCGGAGUCGGUGAAGGCGCCGAAGCGGAGGAACGUGAAGAUAUCGAAGGAUCCACAGAGCGUGGCGGCGCGGCACCGCAGAGAAAGGAUAAGCGAGAGGAUAAGGAUACUGCAGAGACUGGUCCCCGGGGGAACUAAGAUGGACACUGCUUCCAUGUUGGAUGAGGCCAUUCACUACGUCAAGUUUCUCAAAACGCAGGUUCAGUCACUCGAACGCGCUUCCUCCGCUAACAACAAUAUCAGGCCACUUAACGCUGCAGGCCAGAUAGGCUUCCCUGUUGCUUCCACCCCUUAUUUUCCUCUGCCUAGUAAACCUUACCAAGCUCCAAACAUGGACAAUAUGCACGAUACAUAUCAUUAAGCCCGUUUAGUGUCUACAACUAGCUAGCUACUUAAUCAUUACUAUGCUGCCCUCAUCUCAAUUCAGCCUAGCUUCUACUUUUAAAUGAAAUCCACUUGUAAUGUUAACUUGUUAUCAAUAAUCAAAUUAUUUAUUGCAACAAA